UAGCCCGCAGUCUCCAGCCUCGCGCUCUUGGGGGCGGGUCUACGGUGGGGAGGGGUACGCGUGCCCUGCGGUCGGACCUGAAGUCAUCCGCUCUGUUGCUGCAGCCACCUGUACUAUCAUCGCCACUCCUCGAUUGUGGAAGGGAAGAUGGAGCCGGUGACCGUCGCUACUGACAGCGGGGACCGGCCUGCGGCCCCGGUGGGCUCAGGCCUGUCGGCUUCCCAGCGUCGGGCCGAGCUGCGGCGGAGAAAGCUGCUCAUGAACUCUGAACAGCGCAUCAACCGAAUCAUGGGCUUUCACAGGCCCGGGAGCAGCGCUGAAGAAGAAAGUCAAACAAAAUCAAAGCAGCAGGACAGUGAUAAACUGAACUCCCUCACCAUUCCUUCAGUUUCAAAGCGAGUGGUGCUGGGUGAUUCGGUCAGUACAGGAACAGCUGACCAGCAGAGUGGUAUGGCCGAGGUAAAGGGGACUGAGCUGGGAGACAAAUUGGACUCUUUCAUUAAACCACCUGAGUGCAGUAAUGAUGUAAGCCUUGAGCUCCGGCAGCGGAACAGAGGGGACCUGCCAGCAGACACUGUCCAGAGAGGUUCUCGCCAUGGCCUAGAACAGUACCUUUCCAGAUUUGAAGAAGCAAUGAAGCUAAGGAAACAGCUGAUUAGUGAAAAACCCAAUCAAGAGGAUGGAAAUACAACAGAAGAAUUUGAUUCUUUCCGAAUAUUCAGAUUGGUGGGAUGUGCUCUUCUUGCCUUUGGAGUCAGAGCUUUUGUUUGCAAAUACUUGUCCAUAUUUGCUCCAUUUCUUACUUUACAACUUGCAUACAUGGGACUGUACAAGUAUUUUCCCAAGGGUGAAAAGAAGAUAAAGACAACAGUACUAACAGCUGCACUUCUGUUAUCUGGAAUUCCUGCUGAAGUGAUAAAUCGAUCAAUGGAUACCUACAGCAAAAUGGGCGAAGUUUUCACAGAUCUCUGUGUCUACUUUUUCACUUUUAUCUUUUGUCACGAACUGCUUGAUUAUUGGGGCUCUGAAGUACCAUGAAGCCUGCAGAACUCAGAAGGAGAAGCUUACAAAAAAACAAUUUCUGUAUUACAGUAUCUCUAAAGGAGGAAAAUCAGUUUACACCUUUUUGUAAUUCUUUUACUUUAUAGGGGUUGUAAAACUACUGAUUAGGAAUGGAAUCGCAGGUUCCCUGAUUUAAAAGGGUUGAGUUUAUAUUAAUACUGAUGGGAAGAAUAGAGUACCAAUGUCAUUAACUGAUUGUUUUUGGUUUAAUUAGAAUCCCUAGUCUAUACUUUUCCCUAACUUCUCAGAUUUGUAAUUCUUCUUUUGGAGGCUGAGCUAGUGCUUUUAGGGGAGCAGAUGAACAGAUCUCAGCCAGACCCUUAUAUUUGGGGACUGCAUCUUGUAUUUGUGUUGUUCUGUCUUAAGAAAUGGAGCCAUCUUAAAAAUAAAAUGAAAGAAACU